AUUAGGCCUAACGUUACAUUUGAAUCUAAGCUAUUACAUGGUGUUUUCCACCACGUUGCGUCUUGAUUAAGGUGUAUUUGCAUUUCGAAUAACCCGCAUGCUGGUUGGCUGAAAGGCAAUCAUUCCAUCGUGGUGAAACAAACUCGCACUGCUUUAUAUCGAGGAGGAAGAGGAACGGAGCACAUCGGCUCUGCACACACUGCUUUGAUUUAGUCAAAUAAGGGGCUAUUUGACAAUAGCCGGUACGGGCUGUAGCAGCUGGGGAGGAGGUGGACCGGUGCAAUGAUGACGGGCAAAUCUGUGAAAGACGUUGACAGAUACCAGGCUGUCCUCAACUCUUUACUAGCGCUGGAAGAGAAUAAAUUCUGCGCUGACUGCGAGUCAAAAGGACCAAGAUGGGCGUCCUGGAAUUUAGGCAUCUUUAUCUGUAUCCGCUGUGCUGGUAUCCAUCGAAACCUGGGGGUCCACAUUUCCAAGGUCAAGUCUGUCAAUCUGGACCAGUGGACGCAGGAGCAGGUUCAGUGUGUUCAGGAGAUGGGAAAUGCCAAAGCAAAACGUCUCUACGAGGCUUUCUUACCUGAGUGCUUCCAGCGCCCAGAGACAGAUCAGUCUGCAGAGAUCUUCAUCAGAGACAAGUAUGAUAAGAAGAAGUACAUGGAUAAGGUCAUUGACAUCCAGAUGCUCAGGAAAGAAAAGAGCUGUGACAAUAUACCCAAGGAGCCAGUUGUGUUUGAGAAGAUGAAAUUGAAAAAAGACAUCAGCCCGAAGAUGGAUUCCCAGUCUGUUACGGACCUGCUUGGAUUAGAUGCCCCGGCUCCAAGUCCUGCAGUGUCUAAUGGUGGAGGAUGUGCUCCAGACAGCAAUAAAAGCCCAGCAGUGUCUAAACCAGCUCUGGCACACUCUGCACUGGAUCUCUUCAGCUCCCUGCCAGCACCCUCCUCUGCUUCAUCCACUAUUUCCAUGCCUGCUUCCAGCUCCAUGCCUCAGAGCAGAGUGACAGCCUCAGUGCCUGAAAACCUCAGUCUGUUCCUGGAUCCGGUGCCCAAAGCAGAGGUGGGCGCUGUCAAGAAACUGUCCAAGGACUCUAUUCUCUCCCUAUACGCAUCCACGCCCUCAGUGCACGCCAGCAGUAUGGCUACUCACGGCCUGUACAUGAACCAAAUGGGAUACCCGACACACCCAUAUGGUUCAUACCAUUCUUUAGCCCAGGCAGGUGGAAUGGGAGGCGCCAUGAUGUCAUCACAGAUGGCCAUGAUGGGACAGCAACAGAGCGGCAUGAUUGGAGUUCAACAGAACGGCAUGAUGGGACAGCAGAAUGGCUUAAUAGGUGGCCAGGGUGUCAUGGCUCAGCCUAGUGGCGUUAUGGCGUCACCCUACAUGACGGGGAUGACCCAGGGCAUGAUGGGACAGCAGCAGAGUGGGAUGAUGGGACAGCAGCAGAGUGGGAUGAUGGGACAGCAGCAAAGUGGGAUGAUGGGACAGCAGCAGGUUCAAGGACUGGCCACAAUACCUCAACAGCAGGUGUAUGGAGUGCAUCAAGCCCAGCAGCUACAGUGGAACAUUACCCAGAUGACUCAGCACAUGGCCGGCAUGAAUCUCUACAACACCAACGGCAUGAUGGGAUACAGCAGUCAACACAUGGGAGACUCGACAACUCCGGGCUCAGCGCACAUGGCGGCACACAUUUGGAAAUGAUGAUCCAAGAAGUGACGUAAGGCCAGUAACCCACAAAAGAGAGGAAACUCCAGUUGUAGGAAUCUGUGGAUUAGACUCUCCAUGAGACAUUUUCUAAUGCAAGGGAAGAGGAGUAAGAGGAGGAGGAGGGGACAGGUGUGAAGAAGAAUAUGGUUUGGGAAACCACUACCUCUCUUUCUCUCUCCUCUCUCCCCACGCUUCCUCUUCUCGUCUCAUCCAUUGCCAUGUUUUGCAUAAUUCCAUGCUUGCCUUCAGAACAUUGUCGUUCAACGAAGAAUACAACAGGGUUCAGAGAUUCACUGAUUAGGACUACACAUCUUUCUUUGGACCCAACUUUUAUGUGAGAGUGUGUGCGCACACAUCUGUUGUAUGCGGGUGUCAACUACCUGCUUGACUUAAAAGAGCAGUUUGGCUAUUGGAGAAUUUUACAGUUUUUCUUACUUGAUCAGAAUCAGAAUAACUCAAUUGAUGUGCUUGAAUGUUUAUUGGAACAAGACACAUUUCCCCUUAAAGGAGGGAAGCACACCUUCUUGCAAGGUUGAGGGUUUAAAAUGUUUUCAUUUGUUAGAUAGAUUGAUCUUUUGGAAAGUACGCCUUUUCUUGAAGAGAGUUUGAAGAUUAAUGCCACUCUUAUGUCUGUAAGCCAAAUAUGAAGCUACUGCCCUCCGCACAUUAUUUUAGCUUAGCUUAAAGACUGGAAACAGGGGAAAUAACUAGCUUGGCUCUGUCCAAAGGUAUCACAGUCCAUCUACCAGCACCUCUAAAGCUCACUUACUCAAUAACUUGUUUGUUUAAUCCAUACAAAGUGUAAAAAUGACGGAUUGUGGAUUCUUGUGGCAACUAUCUUUUUACUAGAUGAAGUAGAGUAACUUCCUGGGGUCUUGCUGUUUGUAUAGAUUAAAGAAAUGAGAUAUAACGUGUUAAUUAGUAAGCUUUAGAUGUACUGAUAGGCGGAUUUUGAUACCUUUGAUACCAGGCUAGCUGUUUCCCCUGUUCCCUGUGGUUGUGCUAAGCUAACUGUCUACUGACAGGUAGCUUCAUUUGUACUAUACAGGUUUGAGAGUGGUAUCUAUCUUCUUAUCUAACGCUUGGCCAAAAAGUGAAUAAGUAUGUUUAUGUCAAAUAUUGAAAUUGAAAUAUAAUUCUUUUAACCCAGCAUUAAGAAUGUUUCUUAACAGAAAUGACAAUUAGCCUAUAUUUAGCUGCAACCAUUGUUAAGGAGCAACUACAAAUGUUUUUCCAGCCAGCUUUCAAGCACACAGGGUUAGGAGUUUGAUACUUUAGACGUUUUAGAUAACAUAUCAUUUUAGAAAUGAUUGGAGAAUCCAGCUAGGUUAGGUUAGGCUAGCCUUUAAGCUGCACAAAGGGGGAAAGAUAUACAUUCAUUUGUCUGGCUCUGUGUAAGUGUGAAACAUUUGUAAAAUCUUACAAAAAACAAUGUAUUCCUUUCUAAAUACUUAAGUUAUCCUACCCGUCCAACAAUGUUAAAAUGUAAGAAAUCCCUUUAAAUUCUGAUAAGUUCCUAGAUCCUUACUGUUACAAGUUAGAGCAGCUACAAAACCUACCUAAACAACCCUUAAACAUGAUGUCUUCUACUCAAUUUACAGAGGGCUUCUUUUAGAAUCAAUAUCUAAUCUCUACUUUUAGUAUCAAAAGUCCUAAACUGGAUUUUGGGAGACCAAAGAUCAAUGCUAGCUUUAUUAUGGUUGCACAGUAUUCCAACGCUUUGUUUAAUAUGUAUAGCCACGUAACUAGUGAUUAGUAGAAAAACCAGUCCUUAAACAGUUUAGUCAUACCUGAUCUUACGUGAUGAAAGCUUGGGCAUAUCUAUUCACUGUGCUAUUUCCUCAGCAACGGUGGGACACUUAAAAAGUCACUUGCAUGCAAUGUCAUUGUGUAAAUGCUGAGUUAAUGCUCACACACCUCAAGUAAAUCUACCAUAUACAAUAGAGGCCUCAAAUAAUGUUGAAUGUCAGUAAAAACAGAGAGAGAGACAGAGAGAGAGAAGUGGGGCAGAGAAGACUUUAAGGUACAGAUUAGUCAUGUUUCAGAUUCUUCCACUGAAUUGCAUGAGGAGAAUGUUUUUCUAGCUCUGAUUGUAUGUUUAUGUUUAUUAAGAUAUCCGAAUAUGUCUCUUAAAUGUGUAUCUCUGAAUGUUUCUCUCUACAUGUCAGUCGGUUUUUGACCAAAACCAACAAAAAUUCUUAAUGAAUGUGUGUUCUGAAUGUGUUCACGAUUGUACUGGACUUGUUUUGAAUACACACACCUGAGCACUGCUGGGGUGUGUUUGUUUUUGAUAUUCUAUGACUCUGUCAAGCACUGUACACUUCUGUCUUUUGAAUGUUCUGUGGUCAACAGCGUCAUAGUUGUUUUUUUGGUAAAUUGUUAAAUUCAACCAAGUUUUUUCUUUUCUCUUUCUUUUUACCGUCACAUUAGGAACAAACUUUGACCAGGCUGAACCAUUUUCAGGUCACUUUGGGACGUUUACAACUUGGACAUACCGCAUUGUGAGGCAAAAGUGAUUGUACGACCACAAUCUGUCACCUCUUAAUGUUUUAGUUAACCCUUCUACACCUCUCCAACACACUUUCUCUGAAAGUGUUUCUAAAUAUGUCAGUUCUUGUACAUGCAUGGAGCCAUUAGUGUAAAUAAUCUCAAUCUUGCCAUUUUUUCGUAGAAGCACCUUGGUGUUAAGUUGCCAUUAUGAAUGUGAGGGGUAAGAAUGUAAAAAGCAUAAUUGUUAUUAACUGCGUCCAGUAAACAAGCAGUACAUCCUUCACAACUGAGAAACUCUUUUCCUUCCAGGUAUUUUUUUUUUCCAUUUUAGCUCAGAGAGCUGAGACAACAGUGUGACAGAGGCAUUCACCUUCUCUGAGCAAAAUCUCCAUCAGACAAUGUGUCGUCUCUGCGCUGUAACAGCAGAUCUGUCAGCUCGCGAUGAGAAGUAUCUGGAAAAUCAGUUACAAUCUCAACCGGGCUUUACCUGAGCUUUUUCAUCUGUGAUUAUCUUUAGGUUCCUUGUAAUCGGUUCCUUGUUUUGUCUGGUAUACUUUCUGUGAAAUAAAGAGCAAAUGAAGGAAUGUAUCUUUUUAUGUACUUGUCGAUCAAGAUAUUGUGUACUUUUUUCUUUGUCAGAAUAUCUCUGUGUUAUGUUUCUUAAACAUGAUUGAACAUGUAUUGUAUAUCAGUUUGGCAUUUUCUCACAUGCUUUGCCACUUUUGAUUUCAUGUUCCCACAAGUUAGUCACUUAAAUUUGAGAAUAUGUAUGUAACAUAAAAUACUUGUCUGUGAAAAUAUACAAAAUAAAUAUUGUUUUGAUUAAA